UCUCUCUCUCUCUCUCUCCUCAUUGAUUGCUCAUACACCUCCUCCAAAUUCAUAUCAGGGAUAGCGGAUAGGCAGCAUUGAUAGGUAGUUGUUUGGUGUCUGUUCAACCAUAUUACAUGGACAUAUGUCAAAGAUAUUUUCCUUCUUAAUGUGAUCUCCUUUUCGUUUUGUUAUGGGUUUGUGAGGCCUUAAGCUUAAAGGCAGCUGCAACAGAAAAAAUAGAAAUAGAAAAUGGAGAUAGAGGGAGCAAGCGGUGGGCAUAGCGGUGGUGGAGGAGGAAGUGGAAGAGGUGCAUAUUUGGUGUGGGAAGAUCUAAGUGCGGUUCUACCAAACUUCAGUAAAGGAUCACCCACAAGGAGGCUGCUCAAUGGUCUUAGUGGGUAUGCUGAGCCUGGUAGGAUCAUGGCUAUUAUGGGUCCUUCUGGUUCUGGCAAAUCAACCCUCCUUGAUACUUUAGCAGGCAGACUCUCAAGAAAUGUUGUCAUGACUGGAAAUAUUCUGUUUAAUGGAAAGAAGAAAAGACUUGCAUAUGGUGCUGUUGCCUAUGUCACACAAGAGGAUGUAUUAUUGGGAACACUCACAGUCAGAGAAACCAUAACAUACUCGGCUCACUUGAGGCUUCCAAGUAGUUUUAAAAAAGAAGAGGUUAAGAGCAUUGUGGAAGGAACAAUUAUGGAAAUGGGCCUCCUGGAAUGCGCCGAUCGAUCAAUCGGAAACUGGCACUUAAGGGGUAUUAGUGGUGGUGAAAAGAAAAGAGUAAGCAUUGCACUUGAAAUUCUAACAAGGCCUUGCAUAUUAUUUCUUGAUGAACCUACUAGUGGCCUUGAUAGUGCCUCGGCUUUCUUCGUUAUUCAAACACUUCGAAGCAUUGCUCUUGAUGGAAGAACGGUUGUUUCAUCAGUUCACCAGCCAAGUAGUGAAGUGUUUGCACUCUUUGACGACCUCUUCUUACUAUCUGGCGGUGAAACAGUUUAUUUUGGAGAAGCAAAGACUGCUAUAGAGUUUUUUGCUGAAGCGGGUGUCCCAUGUCCUAGUAGAAGGAAUCCCUCUGAUCACUUCCUACGAUGUAUAAAUUCAGAUUUUGAUAUCGUGACUGCCACCCUGAAAGGAUCUCAAAGAAUUCGUGAUGUCCCAACAUCAUCAGACCCUCUCAUGAAUUUGGCAACAGCAGAGAUCAAAGCCAGGCUUGUUGAGAAAUACAAGCGUUCAAAGUACGCAGAUAAAAUGAGAGCUAGGAUGCAAGCCAUAUUAGCAAUUGAAGGACAGGCAAUUGAAAUGAAAAGUGGAAGUCAAGCAAGUUGGUGGAAGCAACUUUCAACCUUGCUGCGAAGAUCAUCUCUGAACAUGUCUAGAGAUGUGGGGUAUUACUGGUUAAGGAUAAUCAUCUAUAUACUUGUAUCAAUAUGCGUUGGAACUAUCUAUUUUGACGUUGGCAAGGGCUAUACUGCAAUCUUUGCCCGGGCAGCAUGUGGAGCAUUUAUAACGGGCUUUAUGACAUUUAUGUCUAUUGGAGGUUUCCCAUCUUUCAUAGAAGAAAUGAAGGUGUUUUAUCGAGAAAGACUCAAUGGGUAUUAUGGAGUUUCAGUGUUCAUCAUAUCCAACUUCCUCUCUUCAUUCCCAUUCUUGGCUGUAGUUACACUUACUAGUGGGACUAUUACUUACUAUUUUGUGAAAUUUCGGACAGAAUUUUCACAUUAUGUGUUCUUCUGUCUCAAUAUAUUUGCCUGCAUUUCUGUGAUAGAGAGCCUCAUGAUGGUUGUAGCUUCACUAGUUCCCAAUUUCCUGAUGGGCAUAAUUACAGGAGCUGGAAUCAUGGGAAUCCUGAUGAUGACCUCUGGAUUCUUCCGCUUGCUGCCGGAUCUUCCGAAGCCAUUCUGGCGCUACCCAGUUUCAUAUCUCAGUUAUGGCUCAUGGGGAAUACAGGGCGCCUAUAAGAAUGAUUUUCUUGGCCUUGAGUUUGAUCCAAUGAUACCUGGUGAUCCAAAACUGACGGGUGACUUCAUCAUCCAACAUAUGUUUGGGAUACCAAUAGACCACUCCAAGUGGUGGGACUUGGCUGCUAUUGUAGCGAUUCUUGUGUUGUACCGGGUUCUCUUUUUCGUAAUUCUCAAGUUCAAGGAGAAUGCAUCGCCGUUGUUUCAGACACUCUACGCAAAGAGAACACUACAAAAGCUUGACAAGAGGCCUUCCUUCAGGAAAGUACCCUCUAUUAGUUCCAAGAGGCACCAACCUCUCCACUCACUGUCUUCUCAAGAGGGCCUUAACUCUCCACUGCAGUAGAAGAAGCAUUAUAACUGUCAUGAGGGUUUAUAAGCAACCACUUUUACAGUGCAAUCUCUCCAUGCGGUUUAUGUAAUUAGUCACUUUUGCUCAGAAAAGAUCAGAUAGAAAAGUAGAGAGUUUCUGUUGGAAUUUAAAAUAGAGAAACUGUUUUAAUUUAUCUUUUUGUUUU